GUAUGGUCGGCGUCUAAUUUUCAGUUUGUCAUCCCAGCUCUACUCUAUACUAAUAAUUCACCCUCCUCCGCAGGUGAACUUUACCGUAGACCAAAUCCGUGCCAUCAUGGACAAGAAGUCCAACAUCCGUAACAUGUCUGUGAUUGCGCAUGUCGACCAUGGUAAGUCCACCCUGACAGACUCACUGGUGUCGAAGGCUGGUAUCAUCGCAGGAUCCCGCGCCGGAGAGACCCGCUUUACCGACACACGAAAGGACGAGCAGGAGCGCUGCAUUACCAUCAAGUCAACGUGAGUGUCCCCUGGCCAUUGUCGCAUUAACAUUUCUGACUGGGCAGAAGUAGGAGAGGUUUCGGGUGGCCUCUGAGUGGACUAACACAAUUUCUUUCCCUGCAGCGCCAUCUCCAUGUACUACGAGCUCUCGGAGAACGACAUGGCAUUCAUCAAGCAGUGCAAAGAUGGCGUUGGGUUUCUCAUCAACCUGAUUGACUCUCCAGGCCACGUUGACUUCUCCUCUGAGGUCACAGCCGCUCUCCGUGUCACUGACGGAGCCUUGGUUGUUGUGGACUGUGUGUCAGGUAAGGACGACUUGCACCCUAGUUAUGUCUGACACGAUCAUGCUUUCAUUACUGUAAAAAAUGAUGGCAUGUUCUAUACUUUUUGUGAACAAGUAUUUCUUUAUUUUCAGCAUCUGUCAUACAGGAUGUCAUAUUGAUGCUAGGUUCCAUGAUUACGAGGUAUAUUAUAAAAGGAGUAGGAGUCAGUCAACAAACCAAUCCAUUUCUUCUCAACAUUUUCCUAGCUCACGAUCUGCUCCUGUCCCUCCCUGCCCAGGUGUGUGUGUGCAGACAGAGACCGUGCUCAGGCAGGCCAUUGCUGAGCGUAUCAAGCCCGUACUGAUGAUGAACAAGAUGGACCGUGCCCUGCUGGAGCUGCAGCUGGAACCAGAGGAUCUGUUCCAGACCUUCCAGCGCAUCGUGGAGAACGUCAACGUCAUCAUUGCCACUUACGGAGAGGAUGAGGGCAGGUCCCAUGGGCGCCAUCAUGGUAAGCAACUUCUGUUGGCUGUACAAUGCAUUGUCAGAAAUUGUUGACACCUGUGAAAUUGUGGCAUUGUUCCAGAUCUGUUUUGCGCCUAAUGGCAAAACUGCUGUUUACAUUAAUAUUGAAAGCGUUUCUCUGGAAAUAUUAUACUAGUUGCUUGGUAUCAACCCUGCCCUAGUAGUCACCACAAGUGCUGUAAGACUAUUGUCUCUUACAGAUUGACCCAGUCAUUGGAACUGUUGGCUUUGGGUCGGGACUCCACGGAUGGGCCUUCACCCUGAAGCAGUUUGCUGAGAUGUACGUGAUGAAGUUUGCUGCCAAGGGUGAUGCACAACUAGGACCAGCAGAGCGCUGCAAGAAGGUGGAGGACAUGAUGAAGAAGCUGUGGGGUGAAAGGUGAGGGACCAGUUACUGUCAACCUUGUAAUCGUCUGCCACAUUUUCCAGAACUAGCUACUGACAGAUUGCCUGGUACAUGUCAAGCCUUGUCAGUUUGCAAUGUAGUUACAUUGUGAUAUUUUAUCCCCAUCAGAUUUUUCGACCCAGCCACUGGCAAGUUCAGCAAGUCUGCAACCGGACCUGAUGGAAAGAAGCUCCCCCGUACCUUCUCUCAGCUCGUCCUGGACCCCAUCUUCAAGGUGAGUGGGGACAUGACUUUUACAAUGUUUUGAGUUUGGUCAGGUGAAAGGGAUGCCAUCCAUGUACCCAUAAGGUCUGACCAGGAAAGGGCAUUUGUUAUUGUGCCUUUUAGUGCUUUAUGCCUAUGAGUGAUGACUUAAACAUUCUUCACUUUGACCUGAUUGUCCAGUGAUGAUAAACUUCAGUCUGACGCAUGGCAAAGGCAAUUCUAUAGUUACCUCUCCCCAUAUGAUCAUCUGUAUUUUAUUGUAUGGUCCACCCGUUUUUAAGUUGAACUGCUGUUUCUGCGAUAGGUGUUCGAUGCCAUCAUGAACUUCAAGAAGGAGGAGACGGCCAAGUUGAUUGAGAAGCUGGACAUCAAGCUGGACAAUGAGGACAAGGAGAAGGAGGGCAAGCCCCUGCUGAAGGCUGUGAUGCGUCGCUGGCUGCCAGCCGGAGAGGCCCUGCUUCAGAUGAUCACCAUCCACCUGCCCUCCCCAGUCACUGCCCAGAAGUACCGUUGUGAGCUACUCUAUGAAGGACCUGGUGACGAUGAAGCUGCCAUGGGUAAGACUUUACGGCCUCUCCUUUCCUUCAUCUGCACUCAUCUGGAAACAUGGAUAGUACCAUAUACGGGUCUAUGUUAACCCAACUGUCUCCUCUUAGGUAUCAAGAACUGCGACCCCAAGGCUCCCUUGAUGAUGUACAUCUCCAAGAUGGUGCCCACCACUGACAAGGGUCGCUUCUACGCCUUUGGCCGCGUCUUCUCCGGCUGUGUGUCCUCUGGCCAGAAGGUGCGCAUUAUGGGACCAAACUUCACCCCUGGAAAGAAGGAGGACCUCUACCUCAAACCAAUUCAGAGGUUGGUACUCUCGAAAGCUACACUUCAAGUGACCAUACUUUUGUCAUUUGUCUCUCGCAAUCCAUGAAGAACAUGUAAAUAAUCUGUGACAUGCAGUGAGCACAAAGCGCAUGCACAGGAGUAGCACAGUAAAUGCUAUAUAAGCUCUUGCCCAGUAUUGAUCUGUUGACUGACUCUCCCCUGUUCCUCAUUAGGACCAUUCUGAUGAUGGGACGAUACAUUGAGCCCAUCGAGGACGUGCCAUGCGGGAACAUUGUCGGUCUGGUUGGAGUGGAUCAGUACCUGGUGAAGACCGGGACCAUCACUACCUUUGAGCAGGCCCACAACAUGAGGGUGAUGAAGUUCAGCGUCAGCCCUGUGGUGAGAGUGGCUGUGGAGGCCAAGAAUCCUGCUGACCUGCCCAAGCUGGUGGAGGGCCUGAAACGUCUGGCCAAGUCUGACCCCAUGGUGCAGUGUAUCAUCGAGGAGUCUGGAGAGCACAUCAUCGCUGGAGCCGGAGAGCUGCAUCUGGAGAUCUGCCUCAAGGAUCUGGAGGAGGACCAUGCCUGCAUUCCACUGAAGGUCCCCUUGUCCUUCAUGCCUUUUUACAUGUAGUGGUUUCACAUGAUCCCUUCUACAGUGGUGUUUACGGUACGGGCAGUAUUAUCCUACUGAUGUAUUUAAUAAUUAAACUCCCCCUCCACUCUCCCACAUAGAAAUCCGACCCGGUGGUUUCCUACAGGGAGACUGUGUCUGAGGAGUCUGACCAGAUGUGCCUGUCCAAGUCCCCCAACAAACACAACCGUCUGUACAUGAAAGCUCGUCCCUUCCCCGAUGGCCUGGCUGAGGACAUCGAGAAGGGUGACGUCAGCGCCAGACAGGAGCUGAAGGUCCGUGCCCGUUUCCUGGCCGACAAGUACGAGUGGGAUGUGUCUGAGGCCCGUAAGAUCUGGUGCUUCGGCCCCGACGGUACCGGCCCCAACCUGCUGAUGGACGUGACCAAGGGAGUCCAGUACCUGAACGAGAUCAAGGACAGUGUGGUGGCCGGCUUCCAGUGGGCCGUCAAAGAGGUAAGCAAGACUCAUGGAUGUAAUUUUUCCUACUCUGUGUUGGUCACUUUAAAAUCGGCAUACCAACUUUCAAAGAGGCACAAUUCUGUGUUGGGGAAUACACCAAGGGCAGUUUUCUGAGAAUGUUGAUUUGUCAAGCAAACCGAAGUACCUGAAACAUUACUGAUUUGUUUCCAGGGUGCCCUGUGCGAGGAGAACAUGCGUGCUGUCCGCUUUGACGUCCACGAUGUGACCCUCCACACAGACGCUAUCCACCGUGGUGGUGGUCAAAUCAUUCCCACAGCCCGCAGAGUGCUGUACGCCUGCCAGCUUACAGCCCAGCCAAGACUCAUGGAGCCUGUCUACCUGGUGGAGAUUCAGGUAUGCCUAAAAUUGAUAUUCAAAAUGUCUCAUUGAACAUUUGGUUUCAACAAGGACUACAUCUAUAAUGAGAAAUCAUGCACCACACUGAACAAGUGAUGGCUAAAUCCAUAAAACACUAUCUGAUACCUGACUGUAGAAAUGAGCUCACAACUAAUGGAAGUUGACUAGAAAAAUGCUACAACUUUGAACAGCAUAGCUUUCUCAUACAGGUUGGCAUUAACCAUCUAAUUCAAUGGCGUUAACCUUGUUUCCCCCUCUCCCUGCAGUGUCCUGAGCAGGUGGUGGGAGGCAUCUACGGUGUGCUGAACAGGAAGCGCGGUCACGUGUUCGAGGAGUCCCAGGUCAUGGGGACCCCCAUGUUCAUCGUCAAGGCUUACCUGCCUGUCAACGAGUCCUUCGGUGAGUGACCCACCAACUGCAGUCCUCUUUUCCCCUAUCUGAUAUGCACUUAUCAGGGCUAGACAAUUCCCUGAGUUGUAGUAAAUGUCUACAGCCAAUCCCUUCUGUAUCAUGUAUAAAACAAAAUGUUAUAUGCUAACACCGGUGUUCCUUCUCCAGGUUUCACAGCAGACCUGCGUUCCAACACCGGUGGCCAGGCCUUCCCCCAGUGUGUGUUUGACCACUGGCAGGUCCUCCAGGGAGAUCCCCAGGACACUUCCACCAAGAUCGCCCAGAUUGUGGCUGAAACACGUAAACGCAAGGGGCUCAAGGAGGGAAUUCCUGCAUUGGAUAACUACCUGGACAAAUUGUAAAAGGCUACCCUCACCAACCCCACCCCCCACCCACCCCAACACUGAG